AAUGCAUCACCAACUACAUUUCAGGAGGUAAGUUUUAUCUAGUAUUUUAAACACAUCUUGUUCUUGAAUUGUUGUCUUCCUCUCUAUCCAUUACUGCCUUUUAAUUCAUCACCAACUACAUUUCAGAUAGUAAGUGUUAUCUAGUAUAAUAUAUAUUUUAAACAUACCUUGUUCUUAAUUUUUAUCUUCUUCUCUACCCAUACUGCCUUUUAAUGCGUAAACAUUUCAGACGGUACGUUUCAUGCACUAAAAAUAUUAUGCUGUAUUUCGUGUCUGCCUUCUCUCACUGACUAUAUUUUAGAAAGUGAGCUUUAUCCAGUAGGCUAAAUAACUGACUCAACUCAGCAUACAGCUAUAUACUACAUCAAUCGUCGUCUAUUGCACACACAGUCAUGUAUUGCGUAGCUAUUUACACACUAUGUAUGGCAAUGAGGGUCUAUAGGUAGGCAUUGGCGAAUAACAUAUCAUACAAUGAAUGACCUCUAUUUUUAAGCUGUAAUGAGAGUUCGAUAAUAUAGUCCUCUGGAGCCCUACUCUGACCAUACAUCUACCUUCUCUCACCAUUUUAUUCUAGGACAAAUAUUUAACCCCUGUGUCUACGGCAGAAAGCCAACCAAGGGAGGCAGUGGAAGCAGAAAUGGAGGUUACAGAUGAAGAUGUCAUAGCAAAGAAGGUGGUGGAAGAUAUUCAACCAACCUUUGAAGUGAUAGCAGAGAAGACAGUGAUAGUAACAAAUGAGGAGCAGCAUGUUAUCUGGGAGGGAUAUGGUCUGAGACUAUACAUUCCACCCGACUCACUACCAGAAGGUUGUAGUCAUUUGGAGCUGAGUGUAAAUGUUGGACUAUCAGGAGAGUUCCAGUUACCCGAGAACGCUGUCAUUGUUAGUGCAGUUUAUUCCUUCAGCCACCACCCAAUAGAGAGUCUUCGUCAGCCGGUCACUCUGGAAAUGGAGCACUGUGCUGCAGCAAGUGCUCUUGAUAACUUGAGCGUUGUUCGAGCGAAUACGAACUCCAACAGUUUCAGUUAUGUUCCAGGGGGUGAUUUCACCUCAGUGAAAGGCUAUGCAGUUAUAAAGUUGCAUUCCUUCUCCCGUUUUGCUACCUUUUUGAAGAAGCAUUUUCGCUCCUUGCUUCCCCAUUCCUCUAAUGAAAUUGAAUAUUCCGCUAACAUUUACUAUACAAAGAUGCUCUAUUGCCAUUUUAAUUUUGAGUUCUUCAUUAUUCAAAAUCUCAGUGCAUUGGCUAAGAGGGUUGAAGAUCAGAUUUCAAAGAGAGUAAAGGGCAAUUAUGAGCGAGGGCCUAUUUCUAAUUUCAAGUUCCAAGAGGAUGAAGUAAGUGUUGAAAUUCAAGAAAGCUGUGGAAAUGGAUGGAAUAUGAAGGAACUAACCCCACUUGAGGUUUUCAAGCGGGAUGUUGAUAGGUUUAGUGCUCGCAAGGAGCUGUGUACUUGUCAAGUGAAAGUCUGGUGUGAGAAUGAGGAAGCUCCAAAGCAUCUGCUUCAGAGAGUACUCAUCAAGGGAGCUAAAAAGCAGUGCGAUUUUUUAACUGUGACCUCCCCAACGACAUGUCUAACUAAGCCGGCUCUGCCUUCAAAUACUCCCUUUAGUCCCAGAUCUGUGGAUACCACAGUAUUUUUUUAUGUCAAGCCAAAGUUGGCUGACUUGUCUAAUGAGUUGGGGGAUCUGACGUGGAGUGAAAUCAAGUCUCUGGCAGUACAAUUGGAUAUUGACUACAAUGAACUAUUGAAGAUCCAGGAGCAGACUGACCAGGCCACCGACCGUAUGCACCAAGCAUUGAACAUUUGGCUGAAAAAAGACCCGAAUGCUUCAUGGGAGAAAGUGAUAUAUGCCCUCGAUCGUGUAAAGGGGAAAGAUGUGCUGAUCCAAACACUGAAGGAGAAAUAUCUUCCUCAAUCUCCAGGUCUACAAGCUGGUGGCCAGUGAAGUCCAUGCUAUUUUGGGAAUAAUAUUUUUUAUACUUGUAAAUCUGUGGGAUGGCAGCGUUUGAACCCUGAAAUGAUCAAGUGCUCGGGUACUCCAUUAGUAUGUUGCAGGUCGUAGUGCAGCUACCCCUGUCUGCAAUUCCAUUUAGGUCUUCACAAGGCAGAGUGGUUG